AUGAUAACCCCAGGUUUCCUCAAGUUCACGCCAAAUCAACACUGGGGAUUCAAAAAGUUCAUCCAUCGAGAUUUGUUCUUGAGUCGGCUUCUCCCAGACAAUGAACUCACUGUCUUAUGCGAUGUGGACCUGGCAGUCCAAGACUCCUUCAUCAACUCCAAGGCUAGCAAGGUCCCAGGUAUCCUGGUUCCCAGGUGCACGAUGGCAGAUGACCUAGGACAGCUGUGGGAGAAUUCUGUCUUCACAGACUGCAGCCUAGUGGUAGCUGGCCAGGUAUUCGGAGCUCACAAGGCCAUCUUAGCAGCUCGCUCUCCAGUUUUCAGAGCUAUGUUUGAACAUGACAUGGAGGAGAGCAGAAAAAAACACGUUGAUAUCCUCGAUCUGGAGCCGCAAGUUUUCAAGGCCAUGAUGGAAUUCAUUUACACCGGGAAGGCACCAGACCUCCAUAGCAAGGCAGAUGCUGUCCUGGCAGCUGCUGACAAGUAUGGCCUGGAGCAUUUGAAGGUCAUGUGUGAGGAUGCCCUCUACAGGGACCUCUCUGUGGAGAAUGCAGCCCACACUCUGAUCCUAGCUGACCUCCACAGUGCAGGACAGUUGAAAACCAAGGCACUGGAUUUCAUCACAGCUCAUGCUUCUGAGGUUUCUGAGACCUCAAGCUGGAAGAAAAUGGUGGACUCCCAUCCCCACUUGUUGGCUGAAGCAUUCAGCUCCUUGGCAUCUGCUCACAGGUCUUUACUGGGGCCCCCUCCCAAAUGCUUCAAGCAAUCAUAG